AUGCUGCCACUGCUUCUCCUGGCAAGUCUCGUCUGUACUUCGACGACCGCAGAAGUACUGGAAACCAUAGCCCAAUGGCCUCUUUUGGACUUCGCUCUUCCCUACGACCAAGAAUUCCUGAAUCAGUAUCGCCCAGAAAACGUGGUUCCGACUGGCCUGGAGAUCUCCUGGGACAAGGUCUUUAUCACCGUACCAAGGUUACGGGCCGGUGUCCCAGCGACCUUGAACUAUAUCCCGAGGAACCUUCCUCUAGAAAGCAGUCCUCAGUUACACGCUUAUCCCUCCUGGGAUUGGCACAGUGCAGGGAAAGGAGAUUUGAACUGCUCAAAAUUGAUCUCGGUGUACAGGACGAGGCUGGACAGGUGUAAUCGUCUGUGGGUAGUGAACAAAAGAUAG